AUGGCGUCCAACCCUAAUUCCUCACGGCCUCCACGAGACAGUCCUCCCCGAAGUCCCACGAGUCCGUCGAGUAGCGGACCACCUUCGCGCCAAGGGACCCAAUACCGACCCUCGCAGCCAUCGUUACUCAGGCGCUCACACAUGCCUUCUUCGUCGCCCGAGGACCGACCAGCGCAAGACAUUGAUAUUGACCAGGACGGUGUCGAAGCGCAAGAUCAUGCUCCUGCAGACAUCGAUUUCGAGGGAGUCCGUCCACACGGAAUCAUUGACGAACCGAGCGAUGACGAAGUGAAUGCGCGGACUGCGCUGCUAAAUAACAUUGGCGCAUCGCAUCAUGGUGAAGGUGAGGAUGGGGGAAUACAUACUCGACCAAGAUAUGGACAUGGCUACGGAUCGUUUGCGAGCAGCUAUGCCGGGAGUUUCGAGCACAACAGACCGAGCUUAGGUGGCCGGGUACCUACAGACAUCAAUACAAGCAGAUCCGGUGUUGCAGAUUAUAUGCCAGACUCAGUUACAGAUGGCCUGCUUGGGCGACCGAAGAAGCGAAGUACUACGCAUUGGCUUGCAGAACGCGCUGGUAUUAAACAUGAACGAUUAAUGUACAUCUACUACUACCUACCUAUAACGAAUUGGAUACGGCAGUACCGCUGGAAAUUCUUUCAAGGGGAUUUCAUUGCAGCAUUAACCAUGGCCAGCUUCUACAUCCCAAUGGCAUUAUCUUACGCAGCGAACCUGAGUCACAUGCCCCCAAUCAACGGUCUUUACGCCUUCGCAUUCAACCCGUUCAUCUACGCGUUACUUGGUACCUGUCCGCAGAUGAUCGUAGGACCCGAAGCAGCUGGAUCGCUUCUUGUGGGCAGUGUGGUCUCGGAAGCAAUCAAGGCCGGCAAGUUCGGAGACGACGACGGGAUGAAAGCUGGACAGGUGGGAGGAAUGGUCACUGGUCUUGCAGGAGCAAUCAUCUUGAUCGCAGGUAUUCUUCGACUCGGAUUCCUGGACAGCGUACUUUCGCGACCCUUCCUGCGUGGCUUCAUCAGCUCGAUCGGUCUCGUCAUAUUCAUCAACCAGCUUGUCCCGGAGAUGGGAUUGGAUAAACAAGCUGCGCAUUCGACAAGAGCUCAUGGCUCGCCACUGGAUUCGCUCAUAUUCUUGGCUGAGAAUGGUCAUAAAGCGCACAAACUCACCUGCGCGGUCAGUUUCGGAGCCGUUGGCAUCAUUCUGGUGUUACGAGAGCUCAAAAGGCAAUUACAACCAUUGAAGAAUUUGGGAUGGGUGGUAUUCAUACCUGACCGUUUCGUCAUCGUUGUACUUUCCGCGGUCUUCGCGUGGGCCUUCGACUGGGAGAAGAAAGGCCUCGACCUUAUCGGUGACAUCAAGCCGCCAGAGGGCGUAAAGAUGUUCGAGCCACAUUUCCCAUUCGACAAGGAGAAUUUCAAACAUGUCAGCGAUGCUUUCGAGACGGCAUUCAUUGUGGCUCUACUGGGCUUUUUCGAGAGCUGUGUUGCAGCAAAGAGUCUUGGUGCUGGCAAUGUCAAGGUUGAAAAGGUUGAAAAGAAGAAUAAAGACGGGUCUGUGGAAGAGGUUGAAGAAGCUGACGGUAUUCGCGGGAUGGCUGUUUCGUCGAAUCGAGAAUUGGUGGCUUUGGGUCUUGCUAACGUUAUUGGUGGCGUCUUCAUGGCCAUCCCAGCUUUUGGAGGCUAUGGCAGAAGUAAGGUCAACGCCAGCACGGGUGGAAAGACGCCUAUGAGCAGUAUUCUGCUCUCUCUCAUUACGGUCAUCUGCACGGUGGGGUUGCUGCCUUACUUCUACUACAUUCCGAAAGGCGUACUUUCAGCCAUGAUCACCGUCGUCUCAAUCAGCCUGCUAGAAGAAGCACCGCACGACAUCCGCUUCUUCUGGAAAAUCGGCGGCUACAUCGAACUCUUCCUCAUGCUCCUAAUCUUCCUCACCACCUUUUUCUGGAGCCUCCGAGGCGGCAUCAUCGUCGGCAUCAUCUUCUCCCUCGUGCGCCUCCUCCGCCACAGCACCCGCCCACGCAUCCAAAUCCUUGGCCGCAUCCCGGGUACUCGCGAAUUCGACAACGCCGAGGUCCUCGCCCAAGAAGCAGACGUCGAGCUCGUGCCCAACUGCCUCAUCGUCAAGAUCCCCGAGCCUUUAACGUUCGCCAACACAGGUUCGUUGAAGCACCGCCUGAGACGGCUUGAAGACCACGGCACGAACUACGCGCAUCCUGCGUUACCGAGUGUUCGGAGUAAAGAACACAACAAGAACAUCAUCUUCGACAUCCACGGCGUCACGGGCAUGGACUUCGCGGCCACGCAGGUCAUGUACGAGAUUGUAAACGACUACAUCGAGCGGGGCACCAUGGUUUUCUUCUGCCGCGUGCCGUCCAAGAAAUCCAACGUCUGGACCCUCUUCCACCGAGCGGGAAUCGUAGAAUUGUGUGGUGGGGAAGGCAACUUUUUCAAGAGCGUGGAUGAAGCGCUGCGGGCGACGGAGAAGACGAGCUCGUUUGGGGAUUACGCCAGUGUGGGCGCGAGCGCGGAUAGUGCGAGUCAGACGGUUGUGCAGGAUGAUGCGGAUGGUGGGAAUGGGAUGGCGUUUGAUCAGGAUGAGGGGAGUCCCGAGACGAAGAGGAGGAGGAGUAGCAGGAGGAGGAGUUCGAAGGGGAGGGUGGGGGAUGAGGAGAGUGGGAGGGGUUCGUGA